AUGACAAGUAUGCACAACGAACUCACUCUCCAACAUGAAGAUAAAAGACAGAAACAAGCCAAGAAGACGAUCAGCUUCUACAAAUACAACUUCAGCUUCAGGGAGCCUUAUCAGAUCCUGCUCGACGGAACUUUUUGUCAGGCAGCGCUGAAAAACAAGAUCCAGAUCAAAGAGCAGAUGCCCAAAUAUCUGAUGGGGGAGGUGCAGCUCUGCACCACCAGCUGUGCUCUGAAGGAGCUGGAGACGCUCGGGAAGGAGCUGUACGGAGCCAAAAUCAUCCUGCAGAGGUUUCAGGUCAGGAGGUGUCCCCACCUGAAGAGCCCUGUCCCGGCUUCAGAGUGUCUGCUGUCCAUGCUGGAGGAAAACAACCCACACCACUACUUUGUGGCUACGCAGGACCACCCCCUGACCACCGGCCUGAAAGCGAUCCCGGGCGUCCCCCUGUUCUACAUCAUCCUCAACACCAUCGUGCUGGACAAGCCCAGCCAGGCGUCCCUGGACCACGUCCAGGCCGUGCAGCUGGGAGAGCUGGUCAGCCCGGCCCAGCAGCGGAGCAUCUGCAGCCUGAAGGAGGAGCAGGGCAUCGGGCAGAAGGACGGCGAGCAGCGCAAGAAGAGGAAGAGGAAACAGAGCAACCCCAACCCGCUGAGCUGCCUCAAGAAGAAGAAGAAGAAAGGGGUGCCGACGCCGCCGCUGAAGAAGCCGGAGGAGGGGGCGAAAAGGAAGAGGAGUCGACACAAGAAGCGGAGAACAGAGGGAGGAGACAUGGAGGCUGCUCCUGCAGCUACAAGCACAUGAUGCUGCAGGCACAGAGACUAACUGUAUAAUGUCUGAAGAUGUAAAAUACACCAGUCCGACACAGCUGGCUGAAAUCCUGCAAUUUUUCAGAUGAAAUGCUCAUUUCCUCUCAACAGGAGCCACAAAGAGCAGUGUGGCCAUAAUGUUUUGGCUGAUGAGCAUGUCCUUGUGCAGACUAGCUGGUCUAUGUGACAAUAAAAGAAACAUUUCUUACACGUUUU